ACAUACUGAAAACAUGAAGGUGGUCAUCGCUCAUCUUCUGGCUGCUCUGUGCUUUGAGGGGAUGAAUGCACAGUGUCCUGACCCAAGCACACUGAAAGAUAAUGAGGGAAACAAGCUCUGCACCCGUAUGUUUGAACACAGCAGUUACUACUAUGACAUGAGCUGCUAUGGCGGGUUCUUGGAUGUUUAUCCUAAUGACGAUGAGCCCAUCAUUCCAAGGGCUUGGAAUGACCGUAUUUCCUCACUUGUGGUCGGCAAGUCCUGCAGCCUGACAGUGUGGUCUCGAUCCAAGAAGCAAGGAACGAAGAAGAAGUUUUCUGCUGGUAUUGUGCACCACCUUAAAGAAGUGAAGAAAGGCCUGUUUGGAGACUGGAAUUGAUUCAGUCUCUGGAUACUACUGCACAUGCUAGACAUGAAACCAGGCCAAGGACAGAAACUCAAAACACAUUUACAGUUAAUGAAACAAUGUUACGGCUGUAAAUGCUUGUAAAUGUAUGUUUUCAGAUGUUCAAGUUCUGCACAAGAAGUGUAUUAAACCACUCGUUUCUGUGCAAGUGAUGCAGAAACCUUUUAAA